GUCAGACAGAAAACAGUUCUUUAGGGGAAGAGGAGUGAUCUUAGAGACGUCUCCGCACACUUUAAAAAGCUGGCCGAGCGUGUUCAGAAAUUAGAGGCCAGUUGAAAGCACACCAGAGGGAUUUCUUUCGGAAGUUCACGGGGACAUUUUGAAUAUAAGGUAUCAACGAGAACAGGAGGCCUGUUUCACGUGAAUUGACAUUAGCUGUUCACCGCAGAGACCUUUGAGCAGAAUGAUUACCACCGUGGAGAAAUCCCAAAACUUUCGCAUUGAUGCGCUGCUGGCGAACGACGUGGGACAGAGGACGGGCGGCGAUGGUACGUCCCCGGGGUUGUGUUACAGCAGGAGCCCCGGCGACAGUCCGGGGUCAACCCGCGGCUCCGAGACGCCCUCUCCCCAUCCGAACCCCGGAAACUCCUCUCCGGCCCCGCCGGGAGUCGUGCCCAAAUCCCAGCUCUUCAGCUUAUCCCAGUCAGGAUUCACGGCUCUGCACCAAGCGGGUCUCCUCGGAGCGCACACGGGCUCCAUGUACCCUCUGGCGGCCCUGGGAGGCCAUCACCCCGCCUUCAUAUACCCCGGCUUUACGCAGCUGGUCCAGCCGUACCCAGAGCAGCUGAAGGGGGCCACCAUGCCCGGGUCUCUCCCACUGGAGCCCUGGAUCAGAGCCGGGUUGAUAGUACCCAGAUUUGGAGAGUAUGGAGCUCCAGCCCAGGCAGGUUUGUUGGGGAAGUGUCGGAGGCCCAGAACAGCUUUCACCAGUCAGCAGCUGCUGGAAUUAGAAAACCAGUUCAAGCUCAACAAAUACCUGUCCAGACCGAAACGCUUUGAGGUGGCCACUUCGCUCAUGCUGACCGAGACUCAGGUUAAGAUCUGGUUCCAGAACAGACGUAUGAAGUGGAAGAGGAGUCGCAAAACCAAGGAACAAGCUGCCCUGAGUUGCCCGCUGAUUGAUACGGAAAGAAAUGGGAUGAAUAUACACAGUGCCAAGCCUCAGUGUGACUCACACAGCUCAAGCCUAGAGGAUGAAGAGGAGCUAGGGGAGGAUGAGGAUGAAAAAGAGGAGACAGAGGUGCUAAGGGCAGGUUCUUUAGGCCCUGUAGGCUUCAUGAGGCGUGUCGUAGGAGGAACAGGGAACUACAGCUCUUAUUCAGAGGAGGAGCUUGAGGAGGGAGGCUCAAGAACGAGAAGAGGGGUUUUUCCAUAGUUAUAAAACUAUGCAUGCUUUUAUUGUAUGUCUUUUUAUGUUUAUUACUCUUGAGAAGGCAAUACACAAUGCAAUCAGGAGAACAAACAUGGUGGCAUGUAAAGGAUCAUUCACUUUUCACAGCCCAACCCAUAGUGCCAUAUCUGUAUGCGCAGCUCCCAAAAUAGCAAAAAUGUGCAGAUGUUUACAUGCCACCUUUGUGUACCUGCACAUUUAAUGGUUUAAUGGCCAGUAAUCUAUCUGAGUUAUGACUUCAGAAUCAACGAAUAAUUGUGUUUAUAAUGGGCCUUUUUGUGCAUGAUUUACUUGUGUUUUUAAACAGUACAGACAAAUUAAAACUGUAAUCUGCAAUAAACUAACAUGAAUACAGAAACUGUACGAAUGGAGGGAGGGGUUAUAGCACUUUCAUGGACGUUCGUGGGUGAAGACAGAGAAAGUUGUACUCUGAGAUGUUGUAGGGAGUGUCAGUGUUACAUUGUUAUCAGUGCUUCCUGGUCUGUUACAAAUAUUGGACAAACAUUUGACUAAUAUUGGAAAGUUUUCCUAUUUUGAAGAAGACUUGGAUUCACAUGCGUCCAGUUGAAGUUUUAGGGCAUUAUAAUGGUGUGAUGCGAAAAAUGCUACUCAGGAUAUUGCAGUAGGCUACUUUUUGGAGUAUUUGGUCAUGAAUUUUUGUUUUAUAAUAUUCAACGCUUGGUUUUGUAUUAUCUUUGUGAAAUGGCAUGUUAUAUUUAGUUAAAGCCACACACACAAAGAAAUGGCUGCAUGUAAUUGAUGGUAUUUGACGUUUACUGUUGAUAUGGCAAUUUCCCUGUAUUUUGUAAACUGUUCUCAUUUC